UCUGGCAACUUAAAUAUUCCCUUCACUUGUUAGGUGUCAACAAAAUUAAAACCAGAGUUCUUUAUAUAUGUUGCAUAAUUGUGAGAUGCUGCCCAGCACUGCUAGAAAGAACACUAUUUCUCCAGAACAAUCUCAGAGCAUCUUUGUUUUGUUCAGCUAAAAUAGCUUUCAGUUAUGACUAUAUAGUCAAUGCAGUGUUUUGAGGUCUCCUAGUGACUCACAUGUUACUUAAUUCAGCGUUGCGUCAUCUAAAUACAAUUGGAGCCUCUUUUUUUAAAACAAAAAUCUAUACGUCAGUGUGGCACUGUAUAUAAAUAGUGCUUGGUCUGUAAAACUUCACCAUUCACUUUUUCAAAUAUCCUGUGAUCUUUAAAUCUUUAAAUGGUAGAUAAAUGUACACAUUCGCUCAUAUUAUACAGGUGUGAAGCAACUAUCCCUACCGCAUUACAUAAUAAGGAAUUAAAUUUUUAAAAAUAUCAGGGUUUUAGCAUACUAUUUUAUAUAUGCUUAUCUGAGCAAGUCCCACUGAAUUAAAUUAUGCUUACCUCUGAGUAGGCACAGGUUCAUACCAUUAGUUGUUUAGGUAGGUACAAUUUUAAUUGAAAAGUUUUGCAUUUAUCAUGUUGGUUGCUGACCAGUUACAAAUUCAUAAUAACAUGACAAAAUCUGCCGCAAAAUGCCAAAUGUUUGAGCUGCUCAUUUAAAUGCAGUUUCAUUGUUUUAGCCAUAACAACAGAUGAGCAUUUGACUUUAGCAGGAGACUUACUUUAUAUUUUGGAUGCAUCAUGAAUAUUUGCUGAGUUUUUGCAUGUAAGAAAAUGAGUAGGUUAAAGGUGAAUGAUGUAUUUCUUUGCUGUGCGGUGCCUUUUGCCACUGGCCCCUUGAGUUGUCAAGCUUGGCAAGGCAGCAUCCAGGAUAGGUAACUGCCCUAUGAAAGCAAACCCUAGAAAAGAGCCUUUGGUCCAUGCAGCUUCCAUUCCUCGGUGUACCUUGCCUGUCAAUUGCCUUUGUGGAGUAUUUCAGUACAAGAAGACAAUUCCUGCUUUAAUAGCGAGAUCUGCAAUGUGGAGAAUUUAUUCCAUCUUAUGUUUGCUUCUUGACAUGUCCACUGCAAAAAGUUAGAAAAAGUUAUAGAUACUUUGCUUUAAAAAAUCUCAAAUAAAGGAACUGAGUUUUCCACCUUAAAAGAUAUCUUUCCUCCUUUUGUGAAGUACAUUUAGUAUGUAUAAAAUUCUUCCUAUAAAAUUCUUCUUUCCAGAUUUCCUAGGGUGGGGGACCCAAAUCCUAUUGUCUUGGUUGCUUUCUCUCCAUCCCACAUCCUUCAAGUUUUAUCCUGGACAUACUGAAAUGACAUUAAAAUAGUGUCUUUUUUCCCAUAGGUUUGGCAGUGAUAUUUUUAAACUUAAAAGGUUUUCUUCACUGAUGCUUCUAUAAUAAAAAUAAUUUUGUAUGAGCCACUGAAGUGCAAAGUGUAGCAUGUAAAUGGGAUUUAGGUAUCAGUGACUCUGAUUAUUAGAAGCAAAGGUUCUGUUGGAUUGGGGGGGGGGUGCAAUUGUGCUGUAACUCUUUAGCGGUUGAUAAAACUACAGACGAUUACUAAAACUGUUACUUUUCAGUAAUUCACGCUAUGGAAGUGAAUAAGCUAGUGGUCACACACUUUCCAAAAGAUUUUGUAACAGCCUCUACCAGAGUGUUUUUUCAGGUUAACUUGAGGAUGUACAAUUUUUGAAAUGUUUCUGUUGGUUAGAUGUAUAUCCUUCUCUAUGCUGUGGGCUCCAAGAGGCUAACGGUGAGUUAGAGUUAAAUAAAUGUGGUGCUCUCAGUAGAAACAGAACUAGGGAUAGAUUCCUAGAUGCCAGGGAACUAGGAUUGACAGCAUUUCUUUAAAAAGUAUUGUUUUAUUUUGCCCAAAAAUAUUAUUUCAAGGCUGCACAUUGUCACAAUUCCUAGCAUGACAGCACUUCUAUACCAGGGAAAUAUUUGAUUCUAAAUGUAGGUGCAUAUACAGUUUUUAAAAGACUCAAAUAUAUGCAUCUGCUUUAUCUUAGAAGCUUACUUUGGUAUCUCUCCAGAACAUAACCAUAAGCUUACCAAUUUCGUAUCACCCAAUUAUUUGCCAAUAGACGUGGCAAAUAAUGUACAUAUACAACAAUCUGAAAUAUACCUGUUACACAUGAAGUAAAAAACCCCAAGUGGAAUUUACCAACAUUUUGUAUAUAUUGUACAGUCUGUGAUUAUGCAUAACUUUCCCCUUUACAGCAGAUUGUAUCAAUUCUUUUUAAAGGCAUGUGGAAUUUGGCUGCAGUACAGAAAUGGCAGAUUGGACAACUGUCUUGUCAAUCUAUGUUUAUUAGUAUGUUUGUAUUGCACCUUGUUUCCACCUUGCAAGGAACCCAAGGAAGCUUUUGUGGCUUUCCUCCAUUUUAUUCUGAAAAGAACGUUUUGAGAGAAAUUACGCUGAACACUUGAGUGGCUUCCAGCAGGGAUUAAAACCUGGAUCUCCCAAGUCCCCCUCUAGCACUCUAACCACUACACACACUGGUGGUUAAUCUUUCCAUACUCUGAGGACAAAAAUCCAGUCGGUGCACUUUUCACUGCAGCAUUUACCCAGAAACAGGCCUGUGUUGUCCCUGUAGCCCUUUGUCACUGCACAGUAGUAAAUAAUAUCUCCAAAUUUCAGCCUAUUUACAGGGGUUUAAAAAAAAAUAAACCAAAAAGUGCCUGACAGAGCAAUCCUACGGAGAUUAGACAGAAAAAGGGCCUAUGACUUCCAGCAUGCCCCAGUUUGCUGGGAGCUGUAGGCUUUUUUCCCUUCUGUCUAAAUUCGCAUAGGAUUGUGCCUUAAGAUAUAAAAGCAUCCCAAGGCAUCGGGAUCUCUUUUUACCCCAGUCCCCUGAAAAGUGCCAGGAUAACAUUUUACAUACAAAAAGUGAUCUAGGGAAAUAGGAUUAAGGACCCAUACAGAAUUUUUUUUCUACAGGCAAAAACUGCCCAGGAUACCCCCCCCCCAAAAAAAAAACUUUAACAAGCAGUCCAGUCUGUUGGCCUGUGUCACUGUGUCACUUUUUGCCCCAGCCAAGAUAAAAUGUGAUGGUUAAAAAUGCUCCAGGGGUUUCAGGAAGAAAAACUGAUCCUAACAAACAAGACUUAAGUGUCCUAUCUAUCUAUCUAUCUCUUACAAACAUUUAUAUCCUGUCCUUCCGACAAGCGCUCAGGACGGCCCUUCUGUCAGCUCAAACGUUUUUGUUUUAGUACAUUUAACUUUCUUAAGAUACUUCGGUAUUUACCUUGUGGGAGUUGUGAAAUAUCUCUUUCUUCAUCAUCUCAAUUUUGGAUGAGGGUACAUAAUCACUUAAAGAUAGCACAAUUAUUUUUGUUCUGUAGACCAGUUCAUAAAACCUGUUAAACCCAGUGCAAAUAAUGCCAAAAGUUUUGUGCUUGCCAACAAACACCAUUAGCUAGUAAGCCUUGAAUUCUGGUACAAUGGGCAUACUAGCAGUUGGUAAUACAGAGAGGCUAUAGUUGUGAUGCUCAGGGAUUGUGUGUGUGUGUGUGUGUGUUUGUGUGUGUGUACAAGCAGCUUCCGGGCCUUCAGUACUGGAGGGUGGAAAGGAAGGCAUUAUGUUAUAUGAGCCGAACUGCCUCUGUAAUGGGAAAAAGUAGCUGAUGUUCACAGCCUUCUGUGGAGGUGAAGUGGUGUUUCAUGCAAACUUGAACCCAUUGGGUUAGGGUGUCUGUGUGCCCAGCAGCCUAGUGAUGUGUGCUAAGUUUACAGCGGCUAUCAUGAAUUUGUUCCUGGCUGUUUCCUGCUUCUGGUGCUACUGAACUAGUAGCACAUCCUUAUGUCUGCAAGCUGAGAACUCAUUUUGAGCUAUUUGUGUGAGCAUAUUUGUGUGUGUUUCUUUUUAAAGGUCAGGUGAGACUUGUCCAUACCCUUUUGACCCUAAACAAGCAUCUUUGAUGUCUUUUUGUUGUUACUGCUCAUGCAGCAAGUGUGUAGAAUUUUGCAAACUACCAACCAGGAUAUGAAACCUUUACUUAAUAAAUUAGAAAGAUAUACAAGUAAAGGAUGAGACCUGUUGCAUGUUGGGUAUUUUAGGAGCAACGUUUUCCAUUGACAAAUUUCAUAGUGGGAUAUGUUGAAGAGAGGUAGGUCUUUACCCUUGAAUCUAACAGCAGGGUAACACUUCAGUGCUGACACUAGUGUUUUAUGGCUCUGUAUUUUGUAACCUUUGGUUGCUUUCAUAUGUGAGCAUUAUAAACAGCUGUGGGUGCCUUGGCCAAAAGGCAGUAUAUUAGUGCAAUACAUUUCUUGUUACUUGCUGUCAAGUUGUCUCCGACUUACAGCAACCCCGUGAAUGAAAGCCCUCCAUAACGCCCUGUCCUGCUUAGCUCUUGCAAGCUUAAGGCUUCAUGGAAUCAAUUUAUCUCAUAGCUGGUCUUCCUGUUCUUCUCCUGUCUAACAUAAGUAACUAUAAAUAAUGCUUAGAUGCACACAAGGCAUAAUUGAGCACUUCACCCUAGUGUGAGCAAAGUGUAGUGAUAAAUGAAGUAUGGUCAAACAAGAUGUGUUAUUUUUCCUUGUAUGCUAACCCUCAGAAAUUUAGGUUGAUGUUGUAAGCAUGGCUGAAUCAUUCUUUAAAUGGGUGCUUUCCAGAUACUUGUUGAAACUGCUGUUCCUCAUCAGUGUAGUUGGCUGCUUUUUCACUUAGUCCAAUUCUGUAAAGAGCUGAGUACUUAUACUUUUUAGGAUAUCCCAGUGCAGACACAAUCCUAAGAUAGAAUGACUCACAGUGAGUCUUGCUCACAAGUUUGCUUCUCCUCCUCCUUUUUGCUGUCAGGAGACUGAAAGCUUUGGUUGUACAGUUUUCUGAUACAUUAGAAUUCGGGGAAGUAUGCCACACUUCAGCUAUAGCGACUUCUGGUUUGUUAACUAACUGCAGUUAACCAGACUAGAGACGACUUCCUGGGUCAAGUGGAUGUACCACUUAAUCAUCUUCCGACUGAAGAUCCAACCAUGGAAAGACCUUAUACAUUUAAAGAUUUCCUUCUUAGGCCAAGAAGUCACAAAUCUCGAGUAAAAGGUUUUUUGAGGCUGAAGAUGGCUUACAUGCCAAAGAACGGUGGCCAAGAAGAGGAUGGCGAUCAGAGGGAUGACUCUGAGCAUGGUUGGGAAGUAGUAGACUCCAGUGAUUCCCCUUCGCAGCACCAGGAGGAGCUGCCACCGCCACCCUUGCCUCCUGGAUGGGAAGAAAAAGUGGACAAUCUUGGGCGUACCUACUAUGUCAACCAUAAUAACCGGACAACACAGUGGCACCGGCCAAGUUUAAUGGAUGUGGCGUCUGAAUCAGACAACAACAUCAGGCAGAUAAAUCAAGAGGCGGCCCACCGAAGGUUUCGCUCUAGGAGACACAUUAGUGAGGAUUUGGAUCCAGAGCCUUUGGAAGCUGGAGAAGCACCUGAACCUUGGGAAACCAUUUCAGAAGAAGUAAACGCAAGUGGCGAUUCCCUAAGCCUGUCCUUGCCACCCCCACCAGCCUCGCCCAUCUCUCGGACCAGCCCCCAGGAGCUCUCAGAUGAACUGAACAGGAGAUUUCAGAUCACUCCCGAUUCCAAUGGGGAACAACUCUCUUCUGUGAUUCAAAGAGAUCCUUCAGCAAGGUUAAGAUCUUGCAGCGUGACUGAUGCAGUUGCUGAACAGUCCCAUUUAUCACUACAAAGCGGCCCAUCUAGGAGAAUUCGCUCUUCAACUGUCACUGGUGGUGAAGAAUCAACGCCAUCAGUGGCCUAUGUACAUACUACACCGGGCUUACCUUCAGGCUGGGAAGAAAGGAAAGAUGCUAAGGGACGUACUUAUUAUGUCAAUCAUAACAAUCGAACCACAACUUGGACUCGACCUAUUGUGCAGCUUGCUGAAGAUGGAGCAUCUGGGUCAACAUCAAACAGUAACAACCAUCUGAGUGAGCCUCAGAUAAGACGGCCUCGUAGCCUCAGUUCUCCCACAGUAACAUUAUCUGCACCACUUGAGGGACUUGUCAAGGACUCUCCUGUGAGAAGAGCUGUGAAGGACACCCUUUCCAACCCACAGUCACCACAGCCGUCUCCAUAUAAUUCUCCAAAACCACAGCAUAAAUUGACGCAGAGUUUCCUCCCUCCUGGCUGGGAGAUGCGAAUAGCACCUAAUGGCAGACCUUUCUUCAUUGACCAUAACACAAAGACCACCACAUGGGAAGAUCCACGACUGAAAUUCCCAGUACACCUGCGAUCAAAAGCCGCUUUGAACCCUAAUGACUUGGGUCCCCUUCCACCUGGUUGGGAGGAAAGGAUACAUUUGGAUGGAAGAACGUUUUAUAUAGAUCAUAGAAGCCAGGUGUUGAUAUAUGGCGACAUUCAUACCCGAGACUUAGUGCCCUCCUACGAUAAUAAAAUUACUCAGUGGGAAGAUCCCAGGCUGCAGAAUCCUGCUAUUACUGGUCCAGCUGUUCCUUAUUCCAGAGAGUUUAAACAGAAAUAUGACUACUUCAGAAAGAAAUUAAAGAAACCAGCUGAUAUACCAAACAGAUUUGAGAUGAAGCUCCACAGAAACAAUAUUUUUGAAGAGUCAUAUAGAAGAAUCAUGUCUGUGAAGAGACCAGAUGUAUUAAAAGCCAGACUCUGGAUAGAGUUCGAGUCGGAAAAGGGCCUUGACUAUGGAGGUGUGGCCAGGGAGUGGUUUUUCCUGUUGUCCAAGGAAAUGUUCAAUCCUUAUUAUGGCCUCUUUGAAUAUUCAGCAACGGACAACUACACUCUACAGAUCAAUCCUAAUUCGGGGCUUUGUAAUGAAGAUCAUUUGUCUUACUUCACCUUUAUUGGACGAGUUGCUGGACUAGCAGUGUAUCAUGGGAAGCUUUUAGAUGGUUUCUUCAUUAGGCCUUUUUACAAGAUGAUGUUAGGAAAACCGAUAACCCUGAAAGAUAUGGAGUCAGUGGACAGUGAAUAUUACAACUCCUUGAAAUGGAUUCUGGAAAAUGACCCUACAGAGUUGGAUCUCAUGUUUUGCAUAGAUGAAGAAAACUUUGGACAGACAUAUCAAGUUGACUUGAAGCCAAAUGGAUCAGAUAUCAUGGUCACAAAUGAAAACAAAAGGGAAUAUAUUGACUUAGUCAUCCAGUGGAGGUUUGUCAACAGGGUUCAAAAGCAAAUGAAUGCAUUUCUGGAGGGUUUCACAGAACUCCUGCCUACUGACUUGAUUAAAAUUUUUGAUGAGAACGAGCUGGAGUUGCUCAUGUGUGGUCUUGGUGAUGUUGACGUCAAUGACUGGAGACAACAUGCAAUCUACAAGAAUGGAUACUGUCCAAACCAUCCUGUCAUUCAGUGGUUCUGGAAGGCUGUCCUCCUGAUGGAUGCUGAGAAGCGUAUCCGACUGUUGCAGUUUGUAACUGGGACGUCACGAGUGCCUAUGAAUGGAUUUGCUGAACUUUAUGGUUCAAAUGGUCCUCAGCUGUUUACAAUAGAGCAAUGGGGAAGCCCUGAUAAAUUACCCAGAGCUCACACAUGCUUUAAUCGCCUUGAUUUACCUCCAUAUGAAUCUUUUGAAGAAUUGCGGGAGAAGCUUCUUAUGGCUGUUGAAAAUGCUCAAGGAUUUGAAGGAGUGGAUUAAAAUGGUACCUGCUCCUGAUCGUUGUUGUUCUUAUUAUUAAAACAAAGAUUCUGUUCACGGAGCAAGUUCUGCGUGCAUUUUUGAUUGGCCUAACAGACAUUUUACAAGAGACAGUUGCAGAACAGUUGCACAGCGGUUGGUUCAUGGAGCAAACUCUUGUACAGUGCAGAUGUCUAAAUCCAGCAAUUGGAAGUAACCUUCACCUGUGGAUAGUAUUUCUGAAUUUUUUCACGGCAAAUUACCAACGGGUUGACGUGUACUCUGACUACAUUUCAGCAGGACUUGAUCUAUUUAUGUUAUGCCUCUGUAGGCAAAAGCCCUUAAUAAAUGUUUUACAUACUUUCUAA